CUUCAAAUGCCAUCAUCUGCAUGGCUCGACACGAUCGGUCAAGACUCCGGGUAGAGCCUCAAGCAAGACUAACUCACAGAAUCCUCAGAGGUGCGGCAAUUUUCACCUGGAGUCCUGUCCUGCGCUCGGAUGAGAGCGUUCGUUGACUCAGGCCUCAGUCUUAGCCUCAGAACCUGGAGUCCGCGUCAAAGGAAUCUCUCCGAUAGUCAAUGAGUCAGUCGUCACUGGGCUCGCAUGCAAGAGACUGCAAUUUUUUUCGGGGGGACUGCAGCGUGACUUUUGUCUGGGAAUGCAGCAAAAUGUCGACUUCUUCAAGUCAGGGUGCUGUCUCUUCAGACCUGGAAUUAUUGCCUUCCUCUCAUCGUCCGUUCCAUUAAUUAUAUGUCUGCUCGCUUUGUCACCCUCAAAUGGUUACGGCCUCUCCGGGACGAGGAGAAGAUCGAGAAGACGAUGCAAGGAAGAGAACCUGGGAACCACAAAAGCUAGCUUUCGCUUUCAAUUGUGCCAUCAUCGUUGCUUUCUGUGUUGUCGUCGCAGAUGGGACUCAGGAGAUGUCGCGCUUUUUGGGUUCUAGCGGUUGUGGUGGCCGGUUUCUCAGCACCAGGAUCCAGUCUGCUAGAUUUCUCGCUCGGUACAAAAGGAAUGUCGUUCCAGUGCGACGAGGGAGGGAAUAUGUGGUGCGGAGGGAACGCGAGCACCAACUCCGAGGGAGCUCUGACCCUCACGCCUGAUGGCAGAAAUCUGCCGGACGAGUACUACUUCAACACUCAGGGUAUGGCUCUGUACACCCUGCCUCUGCAGCUGCUCGACAAUGAAGGUCGAUGGAGAUCGUUUAGCUGUUUCUUCAGGUUUAGGAUCGAGACCGGGAAGUUUCCCGGGGACGGGUUGGCGUUUGUGAUGUUCAAUGUUUCCCGCUGGGAAGGAGCUCCGGGGGGUGAUUUGGGGGUGUACAGCAGUAGUGGGCGACAGAAAGUAAAGACGUUGGCUGUGGAGUUCGAUACUUUCCCCAACAAGGACUUCGACGAGUUCAGCAAUCACGUCGGGGUGGACCUCGAGAGUCUUCGCUCGAAAGUGUCGAGAAAUGCUUAUGAUGCGAACAUCAAUCUUUCCGGAGGAGAAGAUAUCUACACGUGGAUAGACUACAGUGUGGACUCGAGUUACCUAGAAGUUCGGAUUGAAAUGCGAGACCAGAGGCCUGUGCAGCCCUUUCUGCGAUAUCAAUUCAAGCUUUCGGAUGUCUUCAGUGACAACGGAACAGUCUUCGCAGGGUUCUCGGGAUCCAAUGGACUCUGCAUAUGUCACAACUUCUACACUAUUUUCGACUGGAGCUUAAAGGUCAUUCCAGCUGGAGAUGACAGCUACUUAUAUGUGAACAGUAUGUUCUUCAUACUCAUAGGACUUGUGUUCAUUCUGCUACUCGUUCCUUUGGUUUCCAUCCUCUCACAUGUUUGGGGCAGAAAGUACUAUUCAGGUCAACGUACCGGUGAUGGAUUCGGAUACAGAGAGCUCAGUCUCGACAUCAAUGAAGAAGAAAAUAAGCUCUAAGGCGGAUAAGCUGGAUCGACCUCUUCGCUGAUCCAAAGUACAACAAAAAUUUGUCAUUUGAGAGGUGAAGCAUCUGCUGAUCUCAACGGCGCAACGACAGUAAGUUGGCCGUGAAUUGCCUCGUACGUCAAGAGCUCACUCUCACGACUAAGAAGAGGCUGAACUCAGAACAUCAUCACAACUGAUGGGAAAAGCACAGUUUUCAAAGCACGUAGUUAUGGACAAAAGCAAAGUUAGAAGCAGUUGUAUGUCAGCACAUAGGAUAUAACAGCAGCCAAGGCCCGAAACAGUCUACGGUGCUAGGAGGAUGCACUACAUGCAUAUAAGAAGAUUAACCUACAAAGUUAUUUAUGUCAGUCUGGUGAACAAAACAGAGAAGUUCCCAACGAACGGCGUUAAGUAUGUACAUAAGCUAAUACCGCACUCAGGAUGGAAUACAGUAGCAACAUUGUACAGUGCUUUACGCUUCAAAUCGAAGCUCUGUAUCUUGAGUCUCUUCACUCGAAAGCAUUUGCUGA